CGUUAAUACGUGUGCAGCGGUCGAGGCAGCAGCAUCUCUAUAUAAGAUCUUCAUACCAAAAGAGGUGCACAGCCGAAAGCCAACAAUAGCGGAUAUAAAACAUAAUUACAACAAAAGAUGAGGAUGUGCAAAGUGCAGACGCUGCAGCUGCUGCUACUGUUCGCCUGCCUAAAUGCUGUGUCAUUGCAGACACUGCAAUUAUUUCCCAAGCUCACGAAAGUCACCAACUUCGAUGACUUUCUGCGGCAAACGGGAAAGAUCUACUUAGACGCAAAUGAGCGCGAGUUCCGCAAGAGCAUCUUUCUCAAGACGAAGACAAUUGUCGAUCUAUCCAACAUUUAUGUGACCAGCUAUACCCUCACCAUCAACGUAUUCUCCGAUAUGACAACGAAGGAGACAAGCCCACUGCUCGGCUCUAAGCGCACGGCCAUUGGCGAGGAAUUAAUUGCAACCCAUAUUAGCUUUUUGCCCGGCCGAAUGCAGUCAAAGUCUCUGCCAGAAUCUUUUGAUUGGCGUGAGAAGGGAGGCGUUACUCCGCCCGGCUCACAGGGGCCGUGCGGCUCGUGCUGGGCGUUUGCGACGAUAAGUGCACUCGAGGGUCACUUGUUCCGGCGAACGGGAGUGCUCGUGCCGCUGUCGCAGCAGAACCUGGUGGACUGCGCCGACGCCUAUGGUACCGAAGGCUGCGACGGCGGCUUCCAGGACUAUGGCUUCGAGUAUAUACGAGAUCACGGAGUUACGCUGGCCAAUAAGUAUCCGUACGAGCAGUCCGAAAAUAUGGUUUGCCGGCAGAACGAGACGGCUGGCGCACCUCCACGUGACAGCAUAGUCAAGGUGCGCGACUAUGCGAGCAUCCCGCCAGGCGAUCAGGAUUUAAUGAUGCAAAUCAUUGCCACGCUGGGUCCGCUGGCCUGUUCCAUGAACGGAUCCCCCGUAUCCUUCCAGCAAUACAAGUCCGGCAUUUACGACGACCCGGAGUGCAACAAUGACGAGGUCAAUCACUCCGUCACUGUUGUUGGCUACGGCAGCGAAAACGGACGUGACUAUUGGAUUGUCAAGAACUCAUAUUCACAGAACUGGGGCGAGGCUGGAUUCUUCCGACUAGCGCGCAAUCCCAGCAAUUUCUGUGGCAUUGCCAGCGAGUGCAGCUACCCCAUACUGUAGAUACAUAUACACACAUACAUCCAAUCUCCAUCUCCUUUGCCUCACUCU